CUCUGUAUUGCACGGUGAAAUGAGUCCUGUGCUACCAUGCUUUACAUUUAUUAAUCAAUUUUACUGUUACUGCAGUAGUUCAAUUUACUGUGCAGAGGCGAUCGUCAAUCUGCAGAUCGGACGGCUGAAAUUUGAGAUCACUGCAGAUUACUCUGCGCGAGCCACUCCAUUUCAAAUCCGUGAUCUCUCGUCACCCAAUCCACCGACCGGAGAAGCGGCGCAUAAACUCCGGCGAGCCCGGCGGCGAAGGUGGGAUCCUCCCUUAGCCGUCGACCGUACACCCCCAUCCCCUAACCCGUGAGACCGCCCCGCAUCUCUCUUCACCGGUGCCUGGCGUGCGGGAGAGGGAGGGAGUGGGGCCCCGGGGGCUAGGGUUCCGACCAGCGAGGACGCGGGGGCGGCCACUCCGAUGGCGGCAGAUGUGGGCGAGCGGCUGGAGGUUGACGACGUCUUCUCUUUGGCCGACGACCUCGUGGGCGUGCUCCGCGGCACCGACGACGCCGACGCCCUCGCGCAGGUGGGUGCGAGCGCGCGGAUGCUGCGGUCCGCCUGCCACUCCGAGUCCGACGACCUCGAGCUGCAGCGGAAAGAGUAUCGGGAAAAAAAACACUCCUGCAAGGAAAAGAUAGACGAAGUAAAAGCUGAAACCAUUGCUGAUGAUGAACUUAAUGCACUGCAAAAUAAGAUGGAAGAGAAACUCCAUGAAGAGAAACAGCUUCGCCAAGAUUUAAGAGUUGUACGUGAUGAGCUUGAUAAACUUGACUGUCAAAGAGCUUCUAUAGAAGAAAGAAAGAAUGCUAUCAGGAAGAAGGAGAAAGACAUGCAGAAGGCACAAAGUAUGCUUUCCAUGUGUAUGUCAGUUACAAAUAUCAUGCCAAAUUUGAAAGACCAGGAUAAGAUCUCCGGCUAUAUUGUCGACAAGAAUGGGAAGAAGAUAGAGAAGUUCGAGUUUGAGAAGAAGACGUCACCAGUUGAGAUCUGCAGCAAACUCUGGACGAAGAUUUAGCGCGCGCAGACCAUUGUUAUUGUACGGUGGCGAGAAUUGUGCUUGUGGAUGGUGGACCGCCCACUAACAUGAAUACAGUUCGCCACAUUGUUUGUAUUAUUUAGUUUUGUGACAUUGUAAUGUUUCGGGCAUGUUGGCAAACAGAUCGGGCUAGCUUUCAGUUUGAGCUCGAUGAAUACUACUGAAUCUUAGGCUAUGUUUGUUUGA